AUGGUUCACGCAGUGCAAUCCGUCAUGCCAUCGGCGACUUAUGCUUCCACAGGGGACCGUCCCCGGAGAGGCACUUACCAGGACAUUCCUGUCUCCUCGACCUCCCACCCAGAUAACCCCAUCCCGGAAGAACCUCGAGGAGUACGCUCGCUCUCAGUGACUGAUACCAACUUCAAUGUCAUCUCUGAGUCCUCCUCGCAAGGAACUGACUCGACCGUCCACACCCCCACUACCCCUCUGACACCGCCCAACGAGGAUCAAUCGGAAGAGCUUUCAGCGGAAAAGGCCGAUGGUCGCCAACGGAGGCGAGCGUCAACGAUCCUCAUUUCACAGAAUGCCGAUGACAUGAGGAGAGUGUUGGAGAAUGUGGGCACGGCCGGAACUCAGAAGCUGGAAUCCCUGUGCUGCGGCGGGGGUUGCUGCCGGGGACAAGCAUUGCGCACGAUAGAUGGACCGAUCUCAGGCUUCAAUUCGAUUGUGGGACCGGCCAACAACAAGGCAUUUGACAGCUUGAAGCUGAACCUCGAUCUCCUGACCAUGGACAGCGAGCUUUCGAGCAUCGCCGUCCUCCCGGAGAAGACCGUCACCUUCAAGCCAAUCCCCGCAUCGGCAAUCAACAUGUCGCUUGGACCCGCGGAUCACCCACCCGAUUUCGUCCAGCCGCACCCGCCUUACAACGUAUACCGGGCGCCUAUCUUCCACGCCCGGGAGCUCACCGGCCCCGGCGCCGAGAAGCGCACCUACCACUUCGACAUCGAUGUCACCGAUUACCCCGCUGAGAGCGGCAUGGUCGACUUCGUCGUGGGCGGCGCAAUCGGCGUCUGCCCCAAAAACAAAGACUCGGAAGUCGAAGACGUCCUCAACCUCCUCGGCGUCCCGAAAUCCAUGCGCGACAAGAAGAUCCUCAUGCGCACCACCAAGGGCCGCUGGCCCACAAUCUGGGGCGACGACAAGCCCCGUGAACUCAUCACCACACGCCGCGAGGUCCUCAGCUGGUGCGCCGAUAUCCAAUCCUACGCACCCACCAAGCCCCUCUUCCGCCUCCUCGCCGAACACGCGAGCGAGCCCAACGAAAAGAAAAUCCUCUCCUACCUCUCCUCCGCCCAGGGCCAAGGCGCCUUCUUCCUCAACACCCUCAUGCCCCGCUUCUACUCUCUCUCCCAAGACCCCCAGAUCUCCUGCCAAUACAAAGGCUCCGAAUGCCGACGUCUCGUCGAAGUCGCCGUAACAGUCGCCGAAUCCGAUGACUGGCGCGGCGGCUCCCGCACAGGCGUCGGAUCCGGCUACCUGGAGUCUCUCGCGCGCCGCGCCAUCGAAGCCGAAGCCAAGGGCGAGAAAGUAGAUCUCCACAUCCCCAUGUUCAGAGGUCUUAUGGCGAACCCGCUCGCAACGCGCUUUGCCUCCGAUGGUCCCAUGCUCCUGAUCGGCGCGGGCGUCGGCAUCGCUCCGUUCCGCGGCUUCGUGCAGCGCCGUUUGCAGUCCGCCAACUGCGCCAAUAAGGUCUGGGUCCUGCAGGGUGUGCGUGAUUCGCUGCUCGAUGAACUUUACUCUGGCGAGUGGGGCGUGCAUGAGGAUAAGGUGCGGACUGUUGUGCAGAGUCGAAAGGGCGAAAGUCGCUAUGUGCAAGAAGAAGUCCGGCACCAGGCUGAUCUGGUGUGGUUUGUUAUUAACUCGCUUGAUGGUCGGGUGUUCGUUUGCGGCUCUGGCAAGGGAAUGGGUGAAGGCGUGGAGGCGGCGCUUGUUGAAGUUGCUAUGGCGAAGGGAAAUCUCAAUGCUAAGGAGGCUGAUAUGUUCUGGCAACGCAAGAAGGAGGCUGGACAGUAUAUUGCCGAAACUUGGUGA